CUACCUGUACUUCCUCGGUGUGGAAUUCGUCGCCACAGGCGAGAUGUUCUGUGAGGAUAUUCGGAGCCUCCUGAAGGACUUGGGCCCGCUCCGCGUCCAUGAAGUCCAGAGUGGCUGCAAAUGUUUCGCAUUUGCGGACCUGGGCUCAGUGCAGAAAGUGGCACUGGCGACCCAGGAGCUGAAUGGGAGGCUCUUCCACAAACGAAAACUGUACGUGAAUUCCAACAGAAGUUCUCCGAAGAGGACCCCUGACGUGGCCGAGAGGCCCCGGGAGCUGCCAGCUCUGGAGAAGGCUUCCGGUCCAGGAUUGGCCAGCAUCACUGGUGAGGCCCCGAGCUGCCAUCUGUCCCCAGGGCCAUGUACACGGCUCAUCCCUAAAGCUCCCAGUGACACCUGAGAGCCAGAGACACACAGGACAGCCUUCUUUGCAGUUCCCAUGGAAAUGAGGGGAUCCUUCCUGGUGCUGCUUCUGAGGGAAUGCUUCUGAGACCUGAGCUGGCUGGUCACUAUCGGUAACAUUGGUGCGGAGGUGGGGCUGCUGGUGACCAGAAUCGUCCCGCAGACGCCGUUCUUCUGGGCCAUGCAUGUCAUGGAGACCUUGCAGGAAAACAUGCAGAUGCCGUUCGGCGCCCUGGCUAUGGCCAAACAGCAGCAGCCCUACCCGCACCACUCCACCGCGCGGCACGGGACCUGCGGCCUGGCAGAGCAUCACCUGGGCGACUGUGGGCGGGCCUGGAGCAGGUGCUGGGUGGUGGGCCACGCAGACGCCUGGGCUGUGGUCACGUUCAUUGAUUUUCGCCCGUUGGCCAAUCCGGUGCAGCCCCUGCGCAGCCUGGACAGCGAUGACUUCUGGGCCAUCGCGCCUCUGACUCAGCCCUUCAUGCUGGAGGAAGGCAUUCCGAGUUCAUGUCAGGUGAUCCACCGCAUCCUCAAAGGAAAAAUCACGGGAACUUUGACCUUGGAGGCAUUGGAAACAUCUGUGACUGGGAGAGUGGUGCUAAGCGUUAAGGUCAUCCUUUCAGCCGGCUACACUGCGGCUCGGCAGGGCGGGCUCUGCAUUCCAGGGGACAAGGGCCGGUCGGUCCAGAGGCCUCAGAAGCAAUCAGGGCGGCCGGGCCAGGCGUGCGCUUCGGCUCCACCUUCCUCUGGCUUCAGCGUCGAAGGGCAGCCUGUCUCUCCUGAGGCUGCAGAGGACUCGGCACCCCGCCCCCACCCCAAGUAGUUCAGGGGAUGGGGGUGGGGUGGGAC